AUGAAAUGUGCAGAGGACCAGGUCGUUGAAGAAGAUAGUGGUUACCAGGAUGAGGAGGAGUCCUUCUUCCAAGACAUUGACCUCCUACAGAAACAUGGGAUUAAUAUGGCAGACAUCAAAAAGCUGAAGUUAGUGGGCAUCUGCACUGUGAAGGGGAUCCAGAUGACCACUCGCAAGGCUUUGUGCAACAUCAAGGGCCUGUCAGAGGCAAAAGUGGAAAAAAUCAAGGAGGCUGCUGGGAAGAUGCUGAAUGUUGGUUUCCAGACUGCCUUUGAGUACAGCGCCAAGAGGAAGCAGGUGUUCCACAUCACAACCGGGAGCCAGGAGUUCGAUAAACUUUUAGGUGGCGGUAUAGAGAGCAUGGCUAUCACAGAGGCCUUUGGAGAGUUCCGCACAGGAAAAACUCAGCUGUCUCACACUUUCUGUGUCACUGCUCAGCUGCCAGGCGAGGAUGGCUACUCAGGUGGGAAAGUCGUCUUCAUUGACACAGAGAACACCUUUCGUCCAGACAGACUGAGAGACAUCGCUGACAGGUUUAAUGUGGACCACAGUGCUGUGCUGGACAACGUGCUUUAUGCCCGGGCCUAUACCAGUGAACAUCAGAUGGAGCUGUUGGACUUUGUAGCAGCUAAAUUCCAUGAGGAAGGAGGAGUGUUCAAACUGUUGAUCAUCGACUCCAUCAUGGCUCUGUUCAGAGUAGACUUCUCUGGUCGAGGCGAGCUGGCUGAGCGGCAGCAGAAACUGGCGCAGAUGCUCUCCAGGCUGCAGAAGAUCUCAGAAGAGUACAACGUAGCCGUUUUUGUCACCAACCAAAUGACAGCUGAUCCCGGUGCAGGAAUGACUUUUCAGGCUGAUCCCAAGAAGCCAAUCGGUGGGCAUAUCCUGGCCCACGCCUCCACCACACGGAUCAGCUUGAGGAAGGGGCGUGGAGAGAUGAGGAUUGCCAAAAUAUUCGACAGUCCCGAUAUGCCUGAGAACGAGGCCACGUUUGCCAUCUCUGCUGGAGGAAUUACUGAUGCCAAAGAGUGAAGGAUAACACGAGGAGACACACAUGUUAGCACAGUCCUCUGUUCCUGACUAUUUAAAGUUAUGUAA